AUGCAUUUGGGGUUGCCGGUGGCAGAGGGGUUUUCAGUUCAAUCAUUUUUUGACUUAUUCCCACAAAACUUCCCACAAGGUGGACCUCCCAAGGAGUCCUUUUUGAUUAACCAAAGACAGUUGCGUCGGGAAUAUCGAUCUUUACAAAGUGAACAUCACCCCGAUAUAGUUAUUGGAUCAAGUGCCUUAUCCGGUAAGACUGAAGAACUGGGGGAUUCCGAAAGUCAGAUAAGUUCUUUAAUUAAUAAAGGCUAUACUACUAUUCGUAAUCCGUAUACUAGAAUUGCGCAUUUCAUUGAGAUCAAUCAUCCGGAAAAGUUGGAUAUUACCCAAGAUGAUGUUGCUAAAUCGCUUAUAGCCAAUUUCCAAUCGUCAUCAGCAGAGUCAUCUUUGGAAUAUAAGGAGAUGCUAAUGUUGGUUCUAGAUGCCCAUGAAAGUUUGGAAAUGGCUACUAACGAGGCAGAUUUAGAAGAGCUUGAAAAAGAAAAUGAAGCUAGAAUUGAAGAAUCAGAAGAGACCUUGGAUAAAUUGUUGCAGAAUGAACCAAUUAAUUGGGAUUCUCUUAUGAUGGAAGCAAUUAGAUUAAAGUAUUGGGUAAACAUUCAAAAUGGUAUUAAAGACUGGGAACCCGGUAAACCAGUUCAUUUAACCCAUUAA